GUGUUCAUAGCAUUCAUUUACCAAGAUUCAGAAUAAUGCAUCUGCCAAAGUGUAAUGUGGUUUUCUUUUUCUUCCUGAUCUGCUCUUCCAUUUACUGCGGAAAUGCAGAGGCACAUCAAGUUGCACUCUAUGUGCACAACAAAUGUCCCUUUCCAAUAUGGCCUGCAACUGCACCAAACAAUGGCCAACCAGUGAUAGCAGAUGGAGGAUUCUACCUUGCUCCAGGUCAAACCGAACGUGUGAUAGCACCAUGGACAUGGAAUGGUAGAAUCUGGGCAAGAACAGGUUGCAAUUUUGGUUCAAAUUGGAAACCAGCCUGUGAAACUGGGGACUGUGAUGGAAGACUAGCAUGCAAUGGACUCAUAGGCACUCCCCCAGCAACACUGGUUGAAGUUUCACUUCAAGGAGGAAAGCCAAAUUACUAUGAUGUUAGCCUUGUUGAUGGCUACAACAUCCCUGUGUCUGUCACUCCCAAGAUCACAAACCCCAAAUGCCUCAUCCAAGGGUGCUUGAAGGAUCUCAAAGCCUUGUGCCCUUCUGAACUUGAGGUGCUGAAUUCCAAGGGAGAAGUUGUGGGAUGCAAAAGUGCUUGUUUGGCCUUUGAUGAUGACAGGUUUUGUUGUAGGAAUGCAUAUGGGAGUCCAGGGAAGUGCAAGCCUAGUGUGUACUCCAAGAUAUUUAAGAAUGCUUGUCCUAACUAUUUUAGCUAUGCUUUUGACUCACCUACCCCAUUGGUGAGUUGUGCAUCCUCAGAGUAUGUGAUAACAUUUUGUCCUUAUGGAUGGGGAGGUGCUGAUGAACACAAAUCUGAGUAGGAAGUGUUGACACCUCUGUUGCUGGAACUAAAGUUGGUUCUGGAAUCAAAUGAUUUGAUUCGGUUUGAUACAUGUUGAGUUGUGUAUUGGUUAUUGCAUGUUAUUGAUACCUGAAAAAUACUAAGUGAUGCAUUUACUACCAUUACUUAAUUGUAACUGUUUGAUAUAUUUGUUUAUCAUAUAUUCUCAAAAUAAAUGUUUUAAUUUUAAUCAAA